GUGGGGGAAAGAUCCCAAGAGUUAUUGGAGUUCGAGGCAAAGAAAACUUUGUUCUGUUCUGUGUUUGGGUAAUUAAAGUCGUCACAAGAGGAAGAGGAUCUGCUUUUAGUAUUUUGAUUUAUUAGAAGAAAAGAAAAUAAUAGUUCUCAUACAAAAUCCCCGGAGAAAUCUUUACUGGCAACCACCAUAUCAUGGGAAUCGCAGGAAGUCUAACACCAGAUCAGCUGGCGUUUUUCAACUCUCAAGGGUAUCUGGUAAUCGAAUCAUUCGCAAGUGAGGAUGAGAUUGGAGCCUUGAGGAAGAGGAUGAAUGAGUUGCUGACUCAAUCUGAUUGCUCCGUCUCUUCUAUUUUCUCCACUAAAAACCAGAAGAAGACUACCGAUAAUUACUUCUUUGAGAGCGCUGAAAAAAUCUCCUUCUUCUUUGAAGAAAAAGCUUUUGGUGAUGAUGGGAAACUGAAGCAACCGAAAGAGCUUUCUAUAAACAAAGUUGGCCAUGCACUGCACGAGCUUGACCCAUUGUACAAGGAGUUCACAUACUCGUCCAAGGUUUCAAGUUUGGUAUCAUCCUUAGGUUACAGAAGACCAGUCGUCAUGCAGGCUAUGUACAUUUUCAAGCAACCUGGAAUUGGAGGAGAAGUUGUUCCGCACCAAGAUAAUUCCUUUGUCUACACGGAUCCACCGAGCUGUACUGGUCUCUGGAUGGCUUUAGAAGAUUCCACAACUGUUAACGGUUGUCUUUGGGCCAUACCUGGAUCUCACAAGAAUGGUUUGGUUAGAAGGUUUAUCCGGGGUGAAAACGGUGUAACAUUUGAUAGGCCAUCGCCUUGUUACGACCAGAAAGAUUUUGUGCCUAUUGAGAUGAAAGCAGGCUCAUUGAUCGCCAUUCAUGGUGAUCUAAUCCAUCAAAGUUUCGAGAAUCUAUCAGCCAAGUCAAGACAUGCCUAUAGCUUACAUGUAGUUGAAUCUGAUGGAUGCAAAUGGGCACCAGACAACUGGAUUCAAAGAGAGAGCAUGCCUGAGCCUCUCUAUGCCCCUUAGAUACAAAGCCAGUCUGCGUUUAUCAAAUUUCUUCUACACACGACCAUUUGUUGUUAGUUACUCUGAACAGUAAUAAGAACGUGGCUAAAAAGGCCCUUCUUUUGUCAUUUGCUUUGUCGAAAUACAAUUUGUUUCUGCUUGGUCUCUGUAGUUCUGUCUUUAGAUUAAUGGUCAAUAAAGUGUGACAAUGGUUACUUGA